AUGGGAGCUGAAACAUUUUCAAAUGACACAGAAAAGAAAUCCUUUCCGAGGAAUAUUCACUCGACUUCGAAUGCCCAACACGACAUGAAAUUCCCAGAAGGUGUGAAGACCAGUGCAGAAAUUAAUAGGAAUAGUCCUGUAAAAUCGAACUUAUCAAAUUAUGACGAAAAAUCAAUUAGAAGGGACGAAAAAAGUAACAUAUUCAACGGAAGAAAUGAUUUUCACGAAGGAUUUGAGAACACAGUAGAGUUCAAUAAUGGCUCGAGACUGAUUCCUGACUCCAGUUUCAGCACAAAGGAACAACAGUUUAAAAAUUGGGAGAGUUUUUGGUGCAAUACAGAGGAUUACAAAACUAGACAUAUUCAACCCUUUCAUUUUACAAGUGGACUAGAGGAAAUAAAAGAACCGGUCAUGGAGUUGAAUAUUACCACUUCACCAUAUAAAGGCCAAAGGCCAAAUUCAGCCCCAACUGAGUAUUCGGCUGCUACAACAGCAUUUACUAAAACACAGCUGGAGGUAAGUUUUUUAAAAACUAACUUACUCACGUAUAUAAAAAAAGAGAUUGAUAUUUGCUUGUCAAGUAUACCAUUUUUUGAUGACGCCGUUCAAAUGCAAAAAAAAUUUUUGGAAUACAGAGAUGUUGAUUUGGAUGAAGAAUAUGAACUCAAGAUUUUGGGUGAACUUUUGAAUGAGUUGAACUUUUUUCAUAUGCAGGAGAACUCUCUAUUGAAUAGAGAGCUAGCGGUUCGUAAAUUUUCUAAUCAACCUGAAAAUCAUAAUCCUGCCCCCGUUAGAGAUUUCAGGAAUUCUCUUUUGCCAAUAAACAGCAUCCAUUCUCCACCGUUAGUUUUGAAAAGGAAUGGUAAGUCUUUCGAAGAUAGUUAUGAGUACACGUCCAACACAUCUAAUUUCUGGGUAGAGAAAGCAGAUUUACAAAACCCCAUGAGUGGUGGAACACCUUAUUGUAUCCAUACAAACAAUUUACGUCAUUCAAAACAAUUUAUGUCAUUUGAAAAUCAAAAUGAACCAUUCUUUGAAAGAAAAAAUCCAGACUGUAAGCAGCAUUUUAACUCCAGGGGGGUGGGAUAUAAUGGAGUGAACACCAAGUCUUAUCGUGGAAUAGGCCUAAACGAUAGUUAUCAGAAGGGAUACACAGCCAUGAAAAGAUCGUUUGGAAAUAUAGAUUUGAAUAGAAUGCCCAGAAAAGGCAAUGAAGAGAUGUAUAGCUGGUCGCGUAAUUGA